CACCAUGUAUCGUUCCCUCAGAAACGUCUACCGAUUAUGCAGCAGACUCCUAGUUAGCGUCACACUUUUCUCGACCAGGAUGCUCGAUCACAUGAUGAGGGUGAUCUGUUGCAUUGCGAUUUGAACAUACGCGAUGCUAUUGAUAAACAUCUAACGAAGUUUGUAUCCAGAAAAUACCAGAUUAACUCAAGAGUUUUGCUGUAGGCCGGAUACCAGAUGUCGGCUCUUGACAAACAAUUGUUACAUAUUACUGUAUUGAAGGCAGGAGAGUUCCCUGAUAUAAAACGCUGCUCACAGUGUUGUGAGCUUUAUCAUUGUCCAUUUUGCAAGCCGUGCGUAUAUAAGCCCAGGGCCCUACAUCAUGUGAGGCGACACCUGGGGGUUCAUCUUAAACAGGCAGCACAAUAUGAAGAAUACAAGAUAUGCAAAUGUCACCUGGACUGCAGGUCAAGUGGACAUUUUCAUUGUACCAGUUGUCCAAAGACACUGAUAAGGAAGCCAGAUUUAAUGAAUCACCUUCGAGCAUGCCAUCAAAAGCAGGUUCAGGGAGAGGCUCAGUCCAGACCUAAUGCUUCGUGCCCUAUUCAGAGGAACAUUGCAAACUCAGAGGCUUAUAGAAUUGAAAGGGAUACUUUUGGUGAACUGAAAGUGCCGAAUGACAAGUACUAUGGAGCCCAGACAGUCAGGUCUACUAUGAACUUCCAGAUUGGUGGAGUAACUGAACGAAUGCCUAUCCAAGUCAUCAAGGCUUUUGGCAUUCUUAAGAGAGCGGCUGCUGAAGUAAACAAGGGCUAUGGCUUGGACACUAAGAUUGCUGAUGCCAUUGUCAGAGCGGCUGAUGAGGUUAUUGCUGGCAAACUGGAUGACCACUUCCCCCUGGUGGUCUGGCAGACAGGCUCAGGAACACAGACGAAUAUGAAUGUGAACGAAGUCAUCAGCAACAGGGCUAUUGAGAUGUUGGGUGGAAAACUGGGGAGCAAGGAUCCUGUCCAUCCCAAUGACCAUGUCAACAAAAGUCAGAGCUCUAAUGACACUUUCCCCACGGCCAUGCACAUUGCUGUUGCCAAAGAGGUUCACGAGGAGUUGCUGCCUGGACUGCAGACUCUUCAUGAUGCACUGGAGGCCAAGGCCAGAGAGUUCAAGGACAUCAUCAAGAUCGGGCGCACCCACACUCAGGACGCUGUGCCCCUCUCUCUAGGCCAGGAGUUUAGUGGCUAUGUGCAGCAGGUGAAAUACAGCAUGGAACGGAUCAGGUCUGCCAUGCCGAGAGUAUACGAGCUGGCCGCUGGAGGCACUGCUGUGGGUACUGGAUUGAACACUCCCAUUGGUUUUGCGGAAAAAGUAGCUGCCAGAGUGUCUGAGCUUACAGGUUUACCGUUUGUGACCGCGACAAAUAAGUUUGAAGCGCUUGCUGCGCAUGAUGCUGUGGUGGAGCUGAGUGGAGCGAUGAACACUGUGGCCUGCAGUCUAACGAAGAUCGCCAAUGAUAUCCGUUUCCUUGGCUCUGGGCCUCGCUCGGGCUUCGGUGAACUCAUCCUGCCUGAAAAUGAACCAGGAAGCAGUAUUAUGCCAGGUAAAGUGAACCCAACCCAGUGUGAGGCCAUUACUAUGGUAGCUGCACAGGUGAUGGGAAAUAAUGUGGCUGUGACAGUAGGAGGCAGCAAUGGUCACUUUGAACUGAAUGUUUUCAAGCCCAUGAUGAUUAAAAAUGUACUAAACUCUGCAAAGCUGCUGGGAGAUGCUUCUGUAUCUUUCACUGAGAACUGUGUGAUUGGAAUCGAGCCAAACAAAGAACGAAUCAACAAACUAAUGAAUGAAUCUCUGAUGCUGGUAACCGCACUGAACCCACAUAUAGGAUAUGACAAAGCUGCUAAGAUUGCCAAGACUGCUCACAAGGAUGGCUCAACGCUAAAAGAAAGCGCAAUCAAGCUUGCAUACCUUACAUCUGAACAGUUUGAUCAGUGGGUUAAACCCCAGGAUAUGCUGGGCCCUAAAUAACACCAAAUCCACUAUGUACAGUCAUUUUUUUUUUUACCAGUAGAUGGGAGAUGUAGUAAUCACAUUUAAGUUACGUAAAAGCAGUUCUCGGACACACGUUUGGGCAACAGUGAGGAAACCUCAGAGGGUGUAAUUUAAAAAUAAACUGCGUUAUUUGUGGCAAAAGAAGAUUUUUUCAGAAGCAUACAAGAGAAAUGUUGAAACGGACAUACGCUAUGCAACUUGUAUUCAUAAGUAAACAGUUUACUGGUGCUUUUGAUGCAUACAAAUGUUUCCUUUUUAAAUGUUUGGUUUUCAGCAGUGUUCUCUUGGUACAUAGUAGUUGUUAUACAACAUAGCUUAUGGUCAUUAUUAUUAAAGUGAAAAGGCCAUCUUAAAAGUUCUGUGCUAUGGUAAUUGUAGAAUUUUCCUUACAUUUUAGUUUUCAGUUUUUUGACAUUACUGUCAGUUUUUUUUUUUUCCCCAGGAAACCUAUAAAUUAACCAACAUUUGCUUGGUCAUUUUAUAAAUCAUCUUGUAACUUUAUGAAUUUCCCAAUUGCUUUAUACAUCUCCCAAUUGUCCGAGACAUUUUAUAAAUUGACCGUUUUAUGUGGUAACUUUUAAACCAUUUACUAAGCCUGUAGUGCCCAUUAGCCAUUUCAUAUGGCAGGCAGUUUUAACAAAGCACUGCUUGUGAGUGGGACAGUGUGAAAAUAUAACUCCUCUGUUUUUAAUCCUAUUUUGUCAAAGAUAAGUACAUCUUAAAGCAAUAGAAGUAAUGAUUAUUUCCAGUAACCAUGGUUAUUUUGUUAUAGGCCCAAUUUGUUUACACACGAGCCAUUUACCCCACUAUUAAAACGUAUAACUUACAGUGUGCACGCAUGUUCCAGGACCUAUGGUGUGCUCAACAUAUGUAUUAAUUGUAAAGUGUUUUCCUAAGCAUGCACAGAGCCUUGAGACGAUUUUUAACAUAUAUGAUCACUGAACCCUCUAUGGGUACAUUUGUUGUACACAAUGGAAAGAAAAGCAAUCUGCUGAAGCCUUAUAAUAAAGGACCUGUAAUGUGAUGCAUUGGAUUUCUGCUACAUUGGGCCCAAGAGUUAUAAUAUAUUUUGGCAAGUCUAGUUUAUAAGUGUUCUCUCUGCAGAUGAGUACUGCUGCCAAUUGCAUUGAACCUCAGCAGUUGCACACUGCCAGUAAUGAGUUUGAAUGUCAGAAAUAAUUUUUUUUGAAUGUAUACAAAUAGCAUGACAAUUACUGGUAUAUUUUGGAAGUUGGUUUUGAGUAAGAUCAUUGGUAAUCGAUACAGGUGUUUAUUUUUAUUUUUUUUUACCUGUUUCAUUACAUCCAAGACAGCUGUCGAUGAUGUGCUAUAGUUUAAAAACAUGUGCAAGGUGCAAACUCUGGUUUUAAUACAGUGUUGACAUGACCAUUUAAAAAGCCAUUGCAGCUUUGUCUGUGUUUGCGGAAAAUCUAAUCGAGUUUUACCCUGAGCAACAAAUUGCGUUUGGUUAACAAUUUAAUUGUUGUUUACCUGGAAAAUGGAUAUUUGAUUAAUGAAUUGGCCUUCUCGAAGGACCUUUUAAAAUUGGAUUGUGUAAAAACUCCAAUGUGAACCGUUAGUCCUUUCCCUUAAGAUUUCGUUUUGGUGGCCAUGGGGAAUUUGGAAAUCAUUGUCCUGUGAUUAUCAAUAAAACAUUCUGUACGCAAUAACAUUUCUGGAAAAUCAAUGCUACAGCUAAAUAUAUUGGAAAGUAUAUUUUCCUUUUGAUGGCAAGAAAAAAAAAGUUGCCCCCAGUGUGGGUGACACUAACCUCAGGUAUUAUUCUUUUCAUAAAAAGCAUAAGCCUGUGCAGUAUUUUUGGUUAACCCACCAUCUUCCAAAGCCACCGAACAAUAAUGAGAUGUCCCAGAUAGCAACAUAUGCUGUUCUGAUUGUGCCAGAGAGGACCUCUGCCUUUCAGAUAAUGUUGACUUUCCCAAAGGGCUGACUAAAGCUCCCAGAGAGGCUCACUGGUUUCCAGUUCCAUUAUCCUCAGUUAAACCCUUACCAUCUUCUUCAGGAUGUGGUGUUAGACAGCUAGAUCAUUGUUUUCUAGAUCAUAAAUCCAUGGUGUGCACUUCCUGUCUACUUUACUAGAUCCCACUUGUACUGGACCCGCUCCAGCCAUUUGCAUAAGCACACUAGGCUGGGUCCUUUGAGUUUCCUAGAAGGACAAAAACGUUCCCUUGUGAACUUAAAUUGUUGCUGACCAAGUCCAUCCCACACUGCGAAUGUCGGAGAGAACCCAUUCCUGAAGCCUUCCUGGUAUGGAGUAUGUUACUCCAAAGGCAUCCCUGACAUACACUGUAACAUAGAAAUAGCAUCUUAUUGAAAAUUAGCUUCAGAAACAAUAGACAAGAAUUAUGCAAAUCCCCCUAAUUCUAACCCAACUAUAAACCUACCCCAAACCCUAAUCGUAACCCUAACCCUAAACCUGACAAAAGGCACUUGGUUAGCAGGGGUUUCUUUAUUCAAGACUGGGCCAAAAAUUGAUCUUUCACAAUGACUACUCUAAUGGUCACUUUGGAGAACAGGCUUAAAAUGAAUUAUGGGUGGUAAUCGCUGAGAAAUUGUUGUACAGUAUAUCCCUCCAGAAGAAAACGCAGCAAAACAAAAAAAAACACCUUCCAGACUUGUUAUAUAUGUUAUGGACCGUUGCCGAAAUUGGGCAGUUGUCGUAAUACCCGGGCAGUUGGUGCGGGCAGAUGCCAAAUUAGCUUUGCAUUUUAUGUCAUUUUGGCAUCUGCCUUGGCUGGCUUCGGGUGAAGAAAGAUGUUUAACAGAUACAAUAUAAUACAAAUAGAGAGUGAAUUACCUUUGUUGCCUUUAAGCGCAAAAGUGCACCGCUACCAAGCCACCGUUGCAAUUCUGACAAAACUAUAGCAACGGAACUAAACAAAAUAUCAAUGCACAUUUUAUUAUCAUCGUGGGUUAGAUUAAAAUCGGGCCAGGGGGACGAGUCCAGAAUAAAAUGCAACAAUGUUUUAUUUUGUUCUUAUUGCAGUAAUACAAUACACAUUUCUGAACAGAGUUCAUUGUUUGAAUGUGAGAUCAUUCAAUAUCAGCAAGAGACUGUUAAUCACAGUUAAGUUUAAACAUGUAAAAACAACCCAGUUAAAUAGUUACCUUAAACACAGUGCCAAAACUAUUUUAUCGCAGCAAUAUUAAUUAAUCAUUAAUCAACAGCAUAAAGUUUGUAUUUUUCUUAUUUAGAAAUGUGAACAACAAUUUGACCUGGAAGAAAACGUUUUCUUUUAAAAAGUUUUGUUUUCGUUCUGUAGAAAAUAUUGUUUGAAUGUGAAAAAAAAUAUUAUUUCAUGUUUAACAUUAGCUGACAUCAGAUGUCAGACAAUUAGACAUUUGCCUUGGGAUUUCAUUAAAAUAAAUAAAUAAAAAUAAAUAUAAAUGAUUCAGUCAGUCUAAUGAUUAAAUAGUUAUUUGACUGACAAACUAUUAUUGAGAACUGCAGUAGAUACACAGCGGAUGAACACUGCGGUGUUACAUUCCAGUAGCCUUUCAUUUGUUACAACAGGACGCACUAAAGUCUUUCUUCACCAGCAGCCUGGGUGGCUGUGGGCAGCUGACAAAAUUCAAAGCUAAUUCGGCAGCUGCCUGCUGCAGCUGGGCAGUUCGCUAACUGCCUGGGCAUUAGCGGCAACUGCCAGAUUUUGGCAACGGUCAAUAACAUAUAGAUUUAAUGCCAAUGGUGGCUUCAUACCUAUUGACAGAGUUAUGAUGUGUUAUGUUUCUGUUUUUUUCAGUGUAUGUGUUUAUCUAUGCCAGUAUCAUUAUUUAUUAAAUAAAUAAAUAAAUAAAUCGUAUGUUAAGCAGACAAGGGUCAUCUUCUACGAAAUGCUAAUUCAUUAUAAACCAGACCUAUGAACUGUUUCUCGCAUUUUAAUAAACACAGCAGGUUUGUAAAGUUAUCUAAUUAUUCUUUCAUGUGUCCAUAUGCUACCUUUUAUUUUCCUGAAGCGUAAUAGGCACAUCCGAUUCUUCUGCUUGUUAUCCAACGGCAAGUUUUUAACUUAACUGUGAUACCAGGAGACUUUUAAUUUCCUUUCAUUGGGCACACAAGAAGGUCUAGAAGCCUGAAGAUGAGUAAUUUUCUGAUACAAAAGAUCUUAUAUUAUCGUACUGGUCUACUGUAAUGCUUGACGGACUCACCUAUGAUUUCAUUUGUAAUGGUUUGUUUGGGUUGCCCAUUGGCCCGCAAAAGCGAGGAAGGACCGCUGUUGCUCUACUAUUUGAUUCGUUGCCAUUUGCUUAAUAAAAGUGCCUGUGGUUAGAUGCACAGCGAAAUACAAUCUGAUUUUAUUGAACACCUGAAACCUGAACACCUCUGUUCCCCUUCACUCUGAUGAACAGAACUAUGAAGAAGCAGAGCCGUAUUUACCCUAAACCAAAACUAGCCUGUGUUUUAA